ACACGACAUUCUUCUUCCCGCCCCUUCGCCUCCCUGGAAGUUCCCGGCGCACGAGUUCCGAUCACAUCUCCCGGUUUCCUACCACCAUUGCCGGAAUCCGACGACCCGGAGUUGCCGGAUCCUCCCGUCGCUUUGCCCUUUCUCGUCGGAGUUCUGGGAAGAAUCGGUGAGUUUCUCAGAGUUCGCGUUGGCCUACGCGCUAGCCCUCUCUCUCUCCCUCGCGCGCGCUCCGUCCUUCGAUUUCACGUCCUUCAAUUUCGGAAUUAGGUUUCUCAUUCGUUGAAGAAACAGAUUGACGCUGAGAUACCUUAUCAAGUUCCGACGUUUCUGAGCUUUUCUGAUGCGUCUGUGUUGUUUGGUGAAUUGGCAGAUGGUGCCAAAAGUAGGAUCGCUUCGAUAUAGUAUGCAGAAUAGUUACAGGGAAAAACUCCUUUUCCAAGAGGGAAGUGAAGCAGAACUGGGCUUUUUGGCAGAGAGCGAUGGAGGGGGACGUAAAUGUUUUUGGCCGUGCCGCUAUCUGUUUGGGAAUAUUUGGACUAGUAUGAAAGAAAAUGCUGUGUUUGCAUGGGAAUUCGGCCGGUCAGAUCCACGGAAAGUUAUGUUUGCGGCAAAGAUGGGCCUGGCAUUGAUGCUUAUAUCGCUGCUUAUAUUUCUGAAGGAGCCCUUGAAAGAUCUUGGCAAGAACUCCGUUUGGGCCAUCCUCACUGUGGUCGUGGUGUUCGAGUUCAGUAUAGGAGCAACACUCAGUAAGGGUUUGAACCGUGGCUUGGGGACAUUAUCAGCAGGAGGUUUGGCACUUGGAGUUGCUGAGCUAUGUGUGCUCUCUGGGUCACUGGAGGAAGUUUUUAUAGUCAUUAGCAUAUUCUUUGCAGGUUUCUGUUCGAGCUAUGUAAAGUUAUACCCAACAAUGAAAGAAUAUGAAUAUGGAUUUCGUGUAUUCCUGCUGACAUAUUGUACUGUUAUGGUAUCGGGCAAUAGGACACGUGAGUUUGUUGAAACGGCUAUAUCCCGCUUUCUACUCAUUGUUCUUGGCGCUGCUGUGUGCUUGGUUAUCAACAUAUUUAUAUACCCAAUUUGGGCUGGAGAAGACUUGCAUAAACUAGUUGUUAAGAAUUUCAUUGGUGUUUCUAAGUCUCUUGAAGGCUGUGUUGAUGCUUACCUUGACUGCGUAGCAUAUAACAGAAUUCCAUCAAAAAUUCUUACAUACCAGGCCUCUGAUGAUCCCCUGUAUAGUGGGUACAGAUCUGCCGUAGAAUCUACAAGCCAAGAACAGACUUUGGCAGGUUUUGCUCGGUGGGAGCCUUCUCAUGGCCGUUUUCGGGGAAAAAAUUAUCCUUGGAAAAACUACCUGGAGCUGAGUGGUGCUCUUAGACAUUGUGCUUUCAUGGUCAUGGCACUGCAUGGGUGUAUUCUUUCAGAGAUACAGGCUCCACCAGAGAAGAGAGAAGUUUUUAGCGAGGAACUGCGGAGAGUUGGUUGCGAAGGUGCUAAAGUUUUAUACUUGUUGGCAGAUAAGUUAAAGCUGAUGGUCAAGCUAAGCCCAGGCAAUAUUCUUUCCAAAGUUCAUGAUGCAGCUGAGGAGCUGCAGAAAAAGAUAGAUAAGCGGUCAUAUCUUCUUGUAGAUUCAGAAAGUUGGGAGAUAGGCACCCGACCUGUAGCUGCAAAGUUCAGUACUGAGGGUAAUGAUGCAAUAGACAGUUACCAGUGGUCAAAGUCACUCAGUGAAGCUGUGCUCCACUUUGGAACUGUGGAUCUCUCAAAAAGUUGGGAUGUGCAUAACAAACUUGAUGCACAAAUAAAUAAGCCCCAAAACGUCAAGUUUGUGAAGCAUAGCUCUUGGCCUUCAAGAUUAUCAUUCGAUUCUGAUGGUAUUCCUAUGGAAGAGUCAAAAACGUAUCAAAGUGCAAGUGCCCUUUCUUUAGCCACUUUUGUGUCACUCCUGAUAGAAUUUGUUGCCAGACUUCAAAAUGUGGUAAAUUCAUUUGAAGAACUAAGCGUAAAAGCCAAUUUCAAGGAGCCGGUUGAUGAACCCAUUGUCAGGUCUGUGGGACUGUGGACAAGAUUGGCGAACUGUCUGAAUUUAUGAGGAAAGAAAACUUGAGUUCUUCAUGGAGAAGAUGUAUUGAAUAUCUAAAUCUUCAUUUCUGCAACAGUCGUUACUGUUGGAAGAUGCGCACCUCCACUGAUUACUGUUAGAAGAUGCGCAUGGAAGAUGUGAAUGAAUAUUUGGAACCUCCCUUUUGCUACUUCAGCUAAAUUACCAUAAGAACAACAAUUUGAAGGGGUGACAAUAUAGACACAUUAUUUAAAACUCCAGCUGACGGUUGUAUUACAUUAAUUCUGUAACUGCGGUAACAUACCAUGCUGUGAGAUUAGUUAAGUAUGACAAUAAGGUGCUUGGUAGCGCGAGUCAAUGUACAUGCUUCUGCUGUUGGGCAUUCAUGAACUAUCUGGUUCAUAGUAUCUUAAGAGGCAUUGAGUAAGAGCAGGCCUAUUCUGCAUUUUGCGUUUCAGGAAGGCCUGAACCCUGAAGGCAAUUUGAAGUUCUCUUCAAAAUGAAUCAUGAGGAUACAAGAAACAGAAAUUUUAGAUUGAGUUUUGGAGCUUGACGUUCCUCAGGGGUAGAAAUGACGAUUUUGAUGAUCUUUCUCUUGUACAACUGUAUCCCCUGUAUCUCAUUUUUUUUUAGAAAUUAGAUGAUAGACUAUUUGCAACAACUGCUUCAUUUGUCCUGGUUGUGUGCUGUGUCUGCAAGAAAGAUGAAGUUCUUGUUUCCUUCUAUGAUUACUGAUAUACACUACAAAAUUCUACUAAUAUGUUUUUUUCCUCUAUUGAAGGAACCUAGUGGGAUUGGAUAUCCAGAAAAAUCCUGUCGUGGAAAAAUGGUACCAGAUUGAUUUUCCACCUUCGUGUCUUGGCCAUUUUCUGAAGUGCACCAAUGUCUUUUUCAGUGCGAGAAGUACUUUUAUCGUCUUUUCCAGGAGAUGUGCUACUUUGUCACUCUCCCUUCUCAUGAAAGGUGUCAACGGGAAUCCGAAUGAAUUCCCAUUGUGAAGAUCCUGAGAUGGCCAAUCUUCAACCCAACGGAAAAGAAAACCACAAUGGGCAGAAAAAACAACGGAAGUACAGCAUUGAAAACGUGGACAUCUCUACUUUGUCUAAGCUUCAACUACAUCGAUUCCUUUGGUGAUAAUUGACAGCAACAUCAGCCAGCUAGCAAAGAAGGUACUCUCGCAAAUGGGUUUCAUGCCAUAAGCACUAAUGUUUCUUGUGGUCCUUACGUAUAUAAAUUUUGAAGUCAACCCUGUUUCUCUCAAGCGUCCCUUUAGAUGCUGCACAAAUUUGUCCUCUUCCCAUAUGUCAACCCUUCAACUUAAGUCAAAAAGCAAAUGAACUCCAUUGAAGGAACCUCUUAGACGACUCGCCCAUGGCCCCAAUAUCUUGAACCCCUCUGUUCCCCCAAACUAUGCACCACUGUUGACCAGCGCAUAUUGGGCUCUCAUGGGUCAUCAGAUUUUGCACGUCACUGUGAUGAUACCUUCGUGAUCUCAGAUCUUGGAUAAGAUAUGGUUCCACGGUAGGAUUCAAAGCAAGAUGAAAGAUCCAAAUGGGUAGGGGAAGGAGAUAUGAUGCCCUGGCAUCCUAUGCUCUGCUCACUAUCUUUUUCCCCUAAAAUGAAUCUUGGCUGGUGGCAAGAAAGUCAAUCAAGAGGCCACGCGCUUUGAAACCAAGAAGUUCUAGUCAAACAAUGAGGAGCCAACAGGUGGGAAACACACUCACGCGAGAACAUGUGUUGUGGACCCACAGCCCACAGCUGGGAAAUGGGGAUACCCUUAUCCUCGCUUGCCAAUAUAAACGCUGAACACAGUUAGGAGGGUGGCACAUCUGAUAGAGUGGGAAAGAAAAUAUUACAAAGAGUACCUAGGAGAGCCUAAGGAGAAGACUCAUGGGGACUCUUUCCCUG